AUGGGAGAGGCUUCAGAUCCUGUAACGGUGCUUUUAGAUAACGAGCAAUAUGUCGCAAUAAUGUUCGGCCUGUUCUCGGCCUUUUUAUUUCUCUUUAUUAUUUCUCUUCGAAAUAAAGAAUUCGAAACAUAUUUGUUUUUAGUUGCCCCAAUCAUUGGCGUAACUAUCAGCAUGCUAUCGAUAAAAUAUAUUAAAACGGCUAUAUAUUACAUCUCAGUCUUUCUCGAUUUCCCAAUGUCAUUUAUCGAAAUUUGUCUGUACGUUCAAUUCAUCAAUUUCGUUGCAAGACUUAUCAGAAAGAAUAACGCCGAGCGUGGAUCUAAAUACAUGGCAAUCGAAUUUAUUAUAACAUUCCCUGUACUUAUUUUAUCAUUUUUCUUGAUUAUAGCCGUUUUCAAUAGCGAAAAGUUUAAUUUUGGUCAUGGUUUAACUCUCGGUGCUAUUGCAUUUUGCUUCAUUUACUCAAUUGUUACAGAUAACGGAACGCUAAUUGAUGUUUCCCUACUUCUUUUCAAAGUUGCGUUAAUCCUUGUCCAAGUACUGGCCAAUGUUGAUCCAAUGGCAAUAAAGAUAACCCGCAUCACUCUUGUUCUUAUUUCCGUAAUUUCAUAUAAUUUCAAAUUCGACGAACAAGAAUACCAGCCAAAGGUCAUUGAAGCAUGUAUCAAGGUUGUAGACGAAAGCUGCAUUCCUAACCUUUGUAUUUCAUUUACACUCGCCACGAUUUCUUAUGUAUUCCUUUCGCCAAACGCCUUCAUCAAACUUCAUCCAAGAGUUUCCAAUCUUCAAAUUUUUACAUACCCCAUUGUCUUCAUUUUCUAUUUGAUAAAUGAAGUACUUUAUUAUCAUACAUUCAAGACACCAUCUAGCCUGAAAAGCCUGCAGUAA